CAGCCCGUCGCCACCAGUCCUCAGUUGCACUUCUUGUAAGUCUCGUGGUGAGAGGGUCGAGGUGUAUACGUGCCGCUCGGGGACUCCAGAACCUUUUCGAAAUCGAAACGAUCCUGAGAUAUGGCAGCUCCGGUGGCGAAAGGAAUCAUUAUAUCCCUCAGCAUCAUUGCCGGCCUCGCUGCAGCCGCCACACAAAGCCCACAGGUGCAAGCAUGGCUCGAAGAGCAGCGAAAGAGGAUAGCGGAACUGCUAAGACAGAUCGGUGAAGAGUUGGACCCUCAGGCAAGACGAGCAGCAGAAGCAUUUGCAUUCGAGGGGCGGACAGUCAACAACGAUUCUGGGCUGGCGAGGGAAAGUGCAGGCAGCAAAGAGGCAGCGGCGUUGGCUACUGGAAGGCGGCUUUCGAGUCCCAGCAGCACGGUCCGCAGGAUACCCGUUCGUGGCCCUUCGGAUCCGGACGAGGCGGAAGAGCGCAGGAGGAAGGGCCGCGAAUAUCUGGCAAAGCGAAACCAGCAACUGUACGAGUUGCAGCAAAGACGGAAAGCUGCUGCUGCCGCCGAUGGCCUCGCCACACCACCGUCUCCAACAUUCGAUGAACUCGUCGAUUCCGAAGGCAACCUCAAACAGUCGGAGCUAUGGAACGAGAAGGAGUUGCCAGCAGUGCCCAACGUCGAUCCUCUGCCUGAGACUAUACAGCAAGAAAUGAAGCAAGUGGAGCGGCACCUUGUUGACCCAAUUGCUGUGGAUGAAGCGGUAUCUACGGGGUCAAGUGGUUGGUCGCUAGGAUCACGAUACGCCAAUCCUUUUGGGGACGAGUACGAACUGGAACGCAGUGUCACGCCGAAGCCUCCGAUCCCACCAAAGAUUGAGCUGGAUCAACAACCAGAGCUUACCCGUGCACCAACGCCGCCUAUCUCCGUACCUGGAGCGUUCGAUUCAACACCGACAGCACAGCAAACAGAACACAUUGAUCAUUCUGCACUGAGUUACGAAGAGCAGCUCGCAAUAGCGCUAUCUCUGUCUGAACAGGAUCCUUCGAGCACGUCUGCAACUGUAAGACAACGAAAGCCCGAGCAGGAAGACUUUGAUCUGAAGGCUGCCAUUGCCGCAAGCCUGAGGGAUAUGGACCAUCAUCAAGCUGCACACGCUAUUGCCAACGUUGAGCCUGUGACGCCCAGAGUCAUACCAGCUGAUGCACAAGUUUUGAUUGACCUGACGCCUUCCACGCCCACGACCUCCGGACCACGACAAGAUUGGUCACAGCUAUCCAGCCCAGUCGUUCCCGCAUCUAGACGUGCUGGCUCGCUUCACACUGUCGGCAACAAUGCGCCUUCAGAGGCCUCUGAUGAGCUCUACCGACUUACACCCGAGCUCACGAAAGCACGCCUGGCGAGUCACAACGAGCAGCAGAAUAUUGUCACUUCACGCCCAUCAGUGGGCUCAGCGCUACCCUUCGAUCCCGUACGAGACGCCGCUGCUUCUUCAGCAUCUCAACCUGUGCCCGAUGUCAUGGAUGCCAGUUUCUAUUCUGCUCAUGCCGAGCCAUCCCCAGCACCAAGCUCAGCUACGUUCGAUCGUGACACAACCAUGCUCGUCGAUCUCGCGGAGGAUGCACCUCAAGAAGGUCAACGCACGCCGACAUCACGAGCACAGUCUUCCUUCGGCUUCCAGACGGAAUCUGACACCGAGACAUUCGCAUCAGUAUCUGCACCGCCAUCACGCACAAUGUCUCGCGCAGAGUCGCGGGCUGACAGCGAGAUCUCUGGUAUUGAAGUCAUUGAUCUUGCGCACGAUAGUGAUGUUGACAUGAUGUCGGAGGAGGGAGACGGGAUAGCAACGCCAGACAGCUGGUCGGAGGUCGGCAGCCGGGAUGCUGACAGCGACACUGAGGAAGCUCAUCCACACCAGCGGUCCCGCGUGAGCUUGUAGGCGGAACCAACCCUGUCUCAUAUGUAGAUUUAUCGCUCCUCGGCCUAGUAUGGUAUUUACUCAUGAUCUGCGGCGGUUUAUCUACUAUUUGCGACCAUGGGCAUCCUUAGGCUGGACCGAUGUCAAGACUGUGCAUUGGGGUCUACUCCAAGCGCAACCUCUUUGCAGAGGAGGAGGAGGUCGCUGGAUAUGAGCUUAGCCACCACAGAGACCUGAAUCAAGACGACCACCUUCGGCCGACAUCUUCGGAACCGAAACGCGAUGUCACGUGUACAUAUAUGUGGUCCCGUCAUCGGCUACUCAACAAGGCUGUGCGUUAUCUAUCUCCUGCUUCCAACUUCCAUUCUCAACACAAUCUGCACGUCAGCACCGUGCGCCGGCAAG